CCGCUGCCUAUUGCCGAAGGCCGGGAGAGCCGGCCCGGGACAGGAAGUGGUGGCUACGGAGGUGUGCCGGGACUCAAACUGAGCGUUGCCUGCUUGCUGUAUGUUGUCAUCUUGUGCGCGCCUGGCCCCCACGACGGUCCGGCUUGUCCAUUCUCUGAACUGCAGUUCUUCCCGUUCCUUCAUGGAUCUGAAGACACUCAUUUCCUCCUUGAAUGACUUUGCAUCCCUGUCUUUUGCUGAGAGUUGGGACAAUGUUGGAUUGCUGGUGGAACCAAGCCCACCACAUACUGUGAAUACACUCUUCCUGACCAAUGACUUGACUGAGCCGGUGAUGGAGGAGGCUCUGCAAAAGAAGGCAGAUCUCAUCCUUUCCUACCAUCCGCCCAUCUUCCUACCCAUGAAGCGCAUAACCUGGAAGUCCUGGAAGGAGCGCCUGGUGAUCCGGGCUUUGGAGAACAGAGUUGCCAUCUACUCUCCUCACACAGCCUAUGACGCUGCACCCCAGGGAGUGAACAACUGGCUGUCCAAAGGGCUCGGAGCCUGCACAUCCAGGCCCAUAUGUCCUUCCAAGGCUCACAGCUGUCCUACGGAGGGAACCCACCGAGUAGAAUUCAACAUUAACCAUACCCAAGAUCUGGACAAAGUCGUGUCUGCAGUGAGAGAAAUUGAAGGUGUUUCUGUCACUUCUUUUUCUGCUAGGACUGAUGGUGAGGAACAAACACGGAUCAGCCUGAAUUGUACUGAGAAAGCUUUGAUGCAGGUGGUGGCUCAGCUCUCCCAAAACAGACAACUUUAUCAGAGAACUGAAAUUCUGUCACUGGAGAAGCCUUUGCUUCUACACACUGGAAUGGGACGAUUAUGCACCCUGGAUGAAUCUGUCUCCUUGGCAACCAUGAUUGAGCGAAUCAAAAGACACCUCAAACUACUUCAUAUUCGUUUAGCUCUUGGGGUAGAAAGGACCUUAGAGUCACGUGUCGAAGUUGUGGCCCUGUGUGCUGGCUCUGGGAGCAGCGUCCUGCGGGGUGUCGAAGCCGACCUUUACCUGACAGGUGAGAUGUCCCAUCAUGAUGUCCUGGACGCUACUUCCCGAGGAACCAGUGUCGUCCUCUGUGAACACAGUAACACGGAACGAGGCUUCCUUUCUGACCUCCGUGAUAUGCUGGGUGCCCACUUGGAGAACAGGAUUCAUAUUGUCCUGUCAGAGGCGGACAGGGAUCCUCUUUGUGUGGUGUAAGGCGUGCAGGGACACCAAGAUGACACAGUCUGCAGAUUGCAUCUCAACUCAGAUGUGCAACGUGAGUCAGUGGAGUCGAUCUGUCUGUCUGAAAGAGCCUCUUAAGAUACAUGGGGAAGCUUCAAAAAGUUCAUGGAAAUGUGUAUUUUGAGAAAACUGCAUAGAUUUCAAAAACAUUUUCACAAAAUAGACAACUUUUAAUUCCAUUUUCUGCAGACUUUUUGAACUGCCCGCAUUAUUAUCUUUUCCAGUUUAUCUGGUUCAACAAAUGUUCUAUAGUUUAUAAGGAAAAAACUUAACUACCAUAACGAAGAACAAAUAUUAAGAAAGAUCAACUAAAAUUGGUUUACUUAACAUUCUUGGGAAGUAACCAAAUAAUUUUCCCCUUAGUUUCAUUAGAGUUGGGAAAUGUUAAUCUGGGUAUCUCUGCCAUUGGUUAGUUUUAAAAUGUCCUCUAAAAACUUGGGAUUGAGGGGCCAGUGCUGCGGUGCAGCGGGUUAACGCCCUGGCCUGAAGUGCCAGUGUCCCAUAUGGGCACCGGUUCUAGUCCCGGCUACUCCACUUCUGAUCCAGCUCCCUGCUAUGGCCUGGGAAAGCAGUAGAAGAUGGCCCAGGUCCUUGGGCCUCUCACUUGCAUGGGAGACUCAGACUAACUGCUAGCAAUUAUCUUAGGCUCAUUUCCCUUUAUAAAAAUAGAUACCCCAAAUUGAGAAAACCACAAGGCAAAUGGCUGAUAUACUUCAAAAAUGUCAAUGCUAUGAAGACAAUCCUGAGGAACUAUCCCAUUCCAGACUGUGCAUCUCUGGCCAUUGUGGCCAACUGGGAAGUGAACCAUCAGAUGGAAGACCUCUUUCUCUCUGUGUAACUCUUUCAAGUAAAUAAAUCUUAAAAAAAAAAAAAAAAAAAAA